AUGGCUGCUGAGGGUUACGGGGCUGCAAGCCCGGCUACAGCAACAACUCAAGAUGGCGCAAAGGGCGCCGCCCCCCCAAAUCCUGCAGCUUCUAUCAACUCUCCCGCCCCCGCGGCAAAUCCAGAGAAGCUCACUCCAGCUCAGUUGAAAGCCAAGGCAAAGGCUGAGAAGCAGGCGAGGCGAGCUGCCGCAAAGGAAGCUAAAUCUGCUGUUGCGGCAGCAGGCCAGCCCGCCCAGCAGUCUGGGAGUGCUGGUGCCGACAGUAAGGGAGCGGCCAAAGGCAAGGGGAAGCAGGAGGGACAGCAAGUUCCUCCCAAGGGUGUGCUGGUGCAUCGCCCCUCUGUUAGCGGGCGGCGACCAUCGAUCAUGGUAGUUGAGAAGGAUGCUAGAAGUGGUAUUCCCGAGUGCUUUAGCCAUAUUCCUAUGGCGAAACGGAUACCGACGUCUCAGGCACAUAAAGACGUCCAUCCUGCGGUUCUGGCAGUUGGUCAACAGAUGGCUACAUUUGCUCUGAAAGACAGCAUUUCGCGUCUGAAAGCAACUCUCCUCGCUUUUAGAAAGGUGAUCGAGUCAUACGAGACCCCCAAGGGGAAUUCUCUCUCCCGGCAUUUUGUGCCACAUGUUCUUAACCCCCAGAUCGAGUACUUGACCGAGUGUAGACCUAUGUGCUUUGCUAUGGGCAAUGCCAUCAGGCUGCUAAAGGCCAAGGUCAAUAAGUUCGAUAUCAACACCCCAGAGGACGAAGCGAAGGAAGGGCUCCUCGAGUGGAUCGACUUCCUGAUUAACGAGCGCAUUACACUAGCCGAGUACGUUAUUGCUCGGAACGCCGCGCAGUCAAUAAAUGACGGAGACACAAUUGUCACAUACGGCCGACAUCGCUUGGUUGAAAAGACACUUCUUAGAGCCAGAAAGGAGGGCAAGUCUUUCAACGUCACUGUCCUUGAUGACCCUUAUGUCGGAGAAGGAAAGGAGCUUGCAAAGGUUCUGCGCCAUGCCGGCAUCCCCGUGCUAUACUCGCCAAAUCUCGGUGGCUUGCGGUCGAAGGUGCCGGCGGCAUCGAAUGUGUUUCUGGGCGGGGAGGCCAUCUUUGCGAAUGGCUCGCUCCAUGCACCCUCUGGCACAGCUGACGUCGCUAUGGCUGCCACAAAUGCGGGUGCCAAGGUGAUUGUUCUUUGUGAGACAAUUAACUUUGACCGCGAGCGAGUAUCUGUUGACGCGUUGACAUACAACGAAAUCGACCCAGAAAGAAAUACUGGAGAUUGCUUCAGGCUGUUGUUUGACAACACCCAUGAGAGAUACAUCACUGGUGUCAUUACAGAAAUUGAGUUUGGUGGUGGUAAUUCCCCCGCGCAGGCCAUCUUGGCCUUGCUGAGGAAACAGGAGGAUCCUCUUAUUGCAUGA